AUGGAGAGGAAUCUUGAGAAUCAGGUGCAGGUUCUCUACACGGACCGGGAACGCUAUGAAGCCGUGUUGCACAAUCAUCGCCGGGUUCAUGAGCAGGCCAAGGAGGAGUGUGAGCGUGAGAAAGACCUGGCCUCCACAGCGUUGAGGCAGGCGCAAAGUGAGAGUCGGCAUCGAGUGGAAGGCAUGGAGAAGGAGAAGCUGAGGAUCGAGGAAACCCGGAGGAGCGAGCUCGCCCAGGGCCACGAGUACGUCGACCACCGACAACAGCGGGUGGAGGACAUGGAGCAUGACCUGGAACGGGUACGGAGCCGGCUCGUGGACAUGGAGAACAGUCUCGGCUUUCUUCGGCAGGAAUGUUACCAUGAGGAGAGGGAGGGCCUGCGAAUACAACGGGAGCUCGAGGAAGAGGUCAGACUCAUGGACUCGCAGUUGGAGCGCUCCCGUCGCGACGACACCACCUUGGCAAAGCAGUGGGAGGCUCAGAGGUUCCGCACAGAUCAGGAGCGGAGAGGUGUCCAGCAAAGCUUUGGAGAGCCUGUGCCUGGAACUUCCUCACCUGGCUCAGGGAGGCGCCUGUCUUCUGAGCCUGUGACUGCCAGAUAG